AUGGCCUCCAACGGACUCCCGGCUCGGGCGUCUGCCGAGACGCAUACCCAGGCGCAGCGCUAUCUCAGCACUCGCGGUGAAGACAAUGACUUCUCCUUCGAGCAAGUCGUGCUCAAGGGCCUCGCCUCGGAUGGCGGCCUCUAUAUCCCCGAGGAUGUCCCCAAAGCCGACGAUUGGCAAAGUUGGAAGGACCUCUCCUUUAACGACCUCGCCUACCGAGUUAUCUACUCCACCUUUCGCUCGACCGAGACCACCCCUCUAGUCCAUCUCAAGGACAACCUCCACCUUCUCGAGUUGUUCCACGGCCCAACCUUUGCCUUUAAGGACGUCGCGCUGCAGUUCCUCGGAAACCUGUUUGAGUACUUCCUGGUCCGGAAGAACGAGGGAAAGACUGGAAAGGAUAGGCAUCAUCUGACCGUCGUCGGUGCCACCAGUGGAGACACUGGCUCGGCCGCCAUUUAUGGCCUUCGCGGCAAGAAGGACGUAUCCGUCUUCAUUCUCCACCCCAACGGCCGUGUAAGCCCCAUUCAAGAGGCACAAAUGACCACGGUCUUGGAUUCCAACGUUCACAACCUCGCCGUCACCGGAACCUUUGAUGAUUGUCAGGACAUUGUCAAGGCCUUGUUUGCGGACCCCGAAAUCAACAAGACGCACAACCUUGGUGCGGUCAACUCCAUCAACUGGGCCCGAAUUCUUGCUCAGAUCGUCUACUACUUUCACUCCUACUUCUCUCUGGCGAAGAAGGACUCCACCUUUACCGUUGGAGAUAAAGUCCGCUUCGUUGUCCCUACUGGAAACUUUGGCGACGUCCUUGCCGGCUAUUUCGCCCACCGCAUGGGCCUUCCCGUGGACAAGUUUGUCGUAGCAACCAACGAGAAUGACAUCCUCGACCGCUUCUUCAAGACGGGCCGAUAUGAGAAGAAGCCCAUCACUGCCUCUACCGACGCCGAAGAGGAUGCGAGCGUCAAAGAAACGCUUAGCCCAGCCAUGGACAUUCUCGUGUCCAGCAACUUUGAGCGGCUCUUGUGGUUCCUCGCCUACGAGUUUGCCGAAACCGCUGGAAUGGAUGACGAGUGGAACAAGAAGCAGGCGGUGUACCAGGACGUCAUCUCCAGCGCGAGGAGGUCGUUCGAGAGCGAGCGCGUCAGCGACACCCAGACCGUAGAGACCAUCAAGGGCUUCUACAACAACCUUCAGUACAUUCUCGAUCCCCACUCGGCUGUGGGCGUGAACGCGUCGGAGCGUUCUAUCUCGAACAACGGUUCCGUCCCGCACAUCUCCCUCUCUACUGCGCACCCUGCCAAGUUCGCCGGUGCCGUGGAGCUCGCGCUGAAGGAGGAGCCUGGAUUCAACUUUGAGGAAAAGGUCCUCCCUCCGGAGUUUGUAGGACUUGAUAAGCGGGAGAAGAGGUUGACUGAGGUGGACAAUGACUGGCAGAAGGUGCGGGAGAUUGUGCGGAAUCAGGUAGACCAAGAACUGAGCCAGGUCUAA